AUGAACGGAAUUACAUCAUUCCAGCCCGCGACUAGCAUAUCAUUAGCACUAGAAUCAACUGCUCCGGAAGAAGAGCGCUGUCACAGGCUUCCAGAUUCUAAAACAGCCAACCAGCGCCACGCCGCAACUCUAGGGGCGACUGGAUCAGGUAUUGAGGGUGUAGGUGAGCCGGGGGUAGGGCUCCAGAAAGAGUUUGUGAAGAUCGACGAAGGGGUCGCCUGUGGCAUCAUAACUCCUACUAUUGACGAGAAUGCGAAGCAGGGAAAGGUGGAGGAGAUGAAAGGUGACGGAGCCGGGCGAGUUGGAAAGCAUGAGAGAAUGCCGUCCCCUGCGCUCAAUGGAAACCGGAAAGACGCUAUAGGCAAGGCAGGACCUGUCUCGUCUAAUGGGACUCUGGUAGGGCCCGAAGGUCGCCAAGCAGAAGACAAGAUGACUGAACGGAACCCUUUCAAUUUCGAUUGCGCCUUUGGCUAUACAGGCAGGUUCGAAACACCUCCUGCUCCCCCCAAAACCCGCGGCAGCCUUCUAACUGCGAUGAAAGCCGAGAUCACCAAAAUUGGCGUACUUCAGUCAGGUCUGCAGGCAUAUCAGCGAGAGAUCAACAGUCGCAAGCACCACACCUUCAGCAUCCGCUUCCUUGUCAAUCAAAACACCGCCAUUGUAGUGACUCUUGGUCAACUUGAUCAGAUCAUACAGUACGUCAAGCAAACUCAGGAGGAAGUGGAAGCCAUUCAAGAUGACGAAGUGGUGAUUCAAAACAAGCUGCGGAUGGAGUUUCAGCAAGCACAGUCUUGGGUAGCCAAAACACGCGCCAUUCUCGUUCAUUCGCAUGUCUUUUACAAAAUCAACUUCGUGCUUCCAGGUCAGGAGCUCCAUUAG